AUGGAGAAGAAUGCAAACCCUCAUCGAGACGCGGGAGGAAGUGUCCUGUGCACCGCUAUCCCCGCAGAACCCGCGGACAUCAAAACAGUGGGCGGAAUGAAAGAUGUCUGCGAGAAGAGAGAGACUCUGACUACUUGUGCAAGUGCUAGCGGUGCUAAUGCUACACCCUGCACACAGACAUCAGAUGCUGCUGAGACCGUGAGCAAAAGCGGACAGCCGAACGUUUUACCACAGACACCGUCGCCCGAUGCAGCGGAUCAGCUGAGUAACGGGAUGGGACACGAACCGUCGAUGACCGCUGCUGGGAAUAAAGAGGGUGGCAUCUCAAAGUUAGUAAACAGCCCCACGGGAGAGCAACCCGACGCCAAGAAUGUGCAGGCGGACGGUUUGGAUGGAGGGGCGCAAAAAGCGACGGAGCUGGCCAAGUCUGCUUAUUUGUGUGCGGACAAAUUAAAAUCUGCGAGCUCGAAUUCAAACGAUCACACCGUUUCCGAGGGUCCUCCGAGCGGGAGUGAGCCCAGCAUCGCGGGAGAGUCCCGCAGCUUUGAUUCACUGGAGUCCUUCUCCAAUCUAAACUCCUGCCCGAGCUCAGACCUCAUCAGCGAAGGGCUGGAGGACAAGGGACUGGCUCUGGCAAUUGAAUACGGGGCUGAUGGAACGAAAAUCCCCUGUCCGAAAGACAGGGUGACCGGUCAGUCGUUGUACCACAUCAAGUGGAUCAAGUGGAAGGAGGAGAACACGCCUAUCAUCACACAGAACGAGAACGGCCCGUGUCCGCUGCUAGCUAUUAUGAAUGUUCUGCUAUUGUCAUGGAAGGUCAAGCUGCCACCAAUGAUGGAGAUAAUAACAGCAGAGCAGCUGAUGGAAUAUCUAGGAGACUAUAUCCUUGACGCAAAGCCAAAAGAGAUCUCGGAGGCUCAGCGGCUGAACUAUGAACAGAAUAUGAGUGAUGCUAUGGCAGUGCUGCAUAAACUGCAGACAGGUCUGGAUGUAAACGUUAAGUUCACAGGUGUGCGGGUAUUCGAAUACACACCCGAGUGCAUUGUCUUUGACCUGCUGGAUAUCCCACUCUACCAUGGAUGGCUGGUUGACCCACAGAUGGCUGAUAUAGUCAAGGCAGUGGGAAACUGCAGCUAUAACCAGUUGGUAGAGAAGAUAAUCAGCUGUAAACAGUCAGACAACAGUGAGCUGGCUGGGGAAGGUUUUGUGGCAGAGCAGUUUCUGAACAGCACAGCGACUCAGCUAACAUACCACGGCCUGUGUGAACUCACUUCUACUGUUGAAGAGGGAGAACUGUGUGUCUUCUUCAGGAACAAUCACUUCAGCACCAUGACCAAAUUUAAGGCCCAGCUGUACCUGCUGGUGACGGAUCAGGGGUUUCUCACUGAGGAGAAGGUGGUCUGGGAAAGUCUGCAUAAUGUCGACGGAGAUGGAAACUUCUGCGACUCAGAGUUUCAUCUGAGGCCACCCUCUGACCCGGAAACUGUGUACCGUGGUCAGCAAGACCAGAUCGAUCAGGACUACUUGAUGGCGCUGUCUCUGCAGCAGGAACAGCAGGCCUCAGACCUGGGUUGGGAACAGAUCCCAGAAGGCAUCAGUGAUCUAGAGCUGGCCAAGAAGCUGCAGGAGGAGGAGGACCGCAGAGCUUCACAGUACUAUCAGGAGCAGGAACAGGCACAGGCAGCAGCAGCGGCGGCUGCGCAGGCACAGGGACAACAACCAGCAGUGGAUGCCGACCAGGUGGAUAAAGUAGCAUCUGCUGGAGCCUCAGCGGGGGGAGCCAUGGCUUCUCCAAGCCCUGGAAAACAGCCCUCAAUGGGGGAACGCAAACCCAAGAAGGAAGCCAAGGACAAAGACAAAUGCAUCUUGUUGUAACAGCGGUGGCCUCUACGUGGAGUUUGAAAUGGGCAGCAGUUUAAUUCCAGUGGCUCUGCAAUGCAUCUCCCAGCCUGAGGUGGAGAAAGAUUAGACGACAGAGAUGAAGUGUGAUAGACGGAGAGGACUUGCCAUUCUCAAGCCACUUGUGCCUGACUUUAACCCUCAGAGUUCUGAAGAUGCAGACAAGAAGAGAGGGGUGUCACUACAAGGACUAUCACUACAUCUUUCGUAGAGCUGGCCAAAUGUUCUCAGCAGGAAAACCACUUCAGUGCACUAUAUUUGUGUGGGUUCACCAGGAAGUUUUUUUGUUGUUGUUUUUAGUAAAACAAGGUAAUGCACACAUAGCAGUAGUCAAAAAGACCCCCCCCCAUGGCACUACUUUUUUUCAUUAUACAAAGCAUUUUCUUUUUUGUGAAUUUCCGUUAUUUGCUGUUGUUUAUAAGCUAUUUUCUACCCGGUUGCCCCUACAUAUGCAUAUGUAAAUUUGUUGUAUUGGUCAGUUUCUUUUAUUUAACUGAAGGAUACCUGAGAUCUUUUAAUGAAUGGCCGUUCACAUGAAAAGGUAGCAAGCCAAGAGGUCAUUUGGCAAAGGUUAUGUCUCAGGACAUGAUGUAGGCCAUCAUAGUUCUUUGCCUGGCAGUUUGAUGCCAAAUUUUUCAUUGUUGAUAUUGUAGGAGAAGUGACCUCAAUUUAAGACGGUGAGAUCUUGAUGAAACAAAUGCUUUUAAAAAGGAUUUCCUUAUUAGGCAGUAUAAAAUCCAGUUUGUUAUUUAAAUGUGUCUACAAAAGAAUGUUUGCAAAUAGGACAUUAACUGUUAAUAUCAGUGAACAACUGACACUACCAUUAAUGUAAAUAGCUUUAAAAUAUCAAGAUCAGUAGAUUAUAUAAAAUACAUGGUCAACUUUUACCUUUAAAAGUUUGGUUCAUAUUUGACUUAUAAAGUGAUUAGGAUCGUUACCAUGAAAUUUGGCAUUGCUCCGUGAACUACAGUGUUAAUUGCCCAAAAAAACGAAUGGUUCUUGUAAAGAAAU